GUAGAGAGGCCAGGCUGGGCCGGACAGACCUCGGCAGAUCGUGCUGCCUCCCCUUCCCCGCUGGGCGGGCGCCGGACGGCCGCGGCGUUGCGAGGGGCAGCCGGGGGCCAGGAACAGGGCCAUGAAGGUGAAGAAGGGUGGCGGCGGGGCCGGGGCCACGGCUGGGUCGGACCCCGGGCCCGGGGCCACGGGCUGCAAGGACGACGAGGCGGAAUCGGAGCCGGAGCCCCAGGCGCUGCGGAGGAAGGCGCUGAUCGGGCCCGAAGAUGUGCUGGGGCUACAGCGCAUCACGUGCGAUUACCUCUGCUCUCCGGAGGAGAAUGUCUAUAAGAUUGAUUUCACCAGGUUCAAGAUUCGGGACAUGGAGUCAGGCACAGUCCUUUUUGAGAUCAGCAAGCCCCCUACUUCAGAGAGGGACCUUAGCGAAAAGCGGGAUGUGGACCCCAAUGCCGGCCGCUUUGUCCGCUACCAGUUCACCCCAGCCUUCCUCCGCCUGCGGCAGGUUGGAGCCACUGUGGAGUUCACAGUGGGAGACAAGCCCAUCAAUAAUUUCCGGAUGAUUGAGAGGCACUACUUCCGGAACCGACUUCUCAAGAGCUUUGACUUCGAAUUUGGUUUCUGCAUCCCCAGAAGCAAGAACACUUGUGAACACAUCUAUGAAUUUCCCCCACUUUCGGAGGAGCUAAUCAGUGAGAUGAUCCGCCACCCAUACGAGACACAGUCGGACAGUUUUUACUUUGUGGACAACAAGCUGGUUAUGCACAACAAGGCAGAUUAUUCGUACAGCGGGGGACCUUGACCUCCCCCAAACAGAGACCCCUUCUGGUCUCCAACUCUCCCUCCACCCCAGCUCCUGGCCCCUCCCUCCAUCAAGCAGAUGGUGUGAUUUGCUCCCUGCUGCCUGGGGAGUGUGAGGCUGGGUCCUACCUUGUCAUGUGUCCCCUCUGCUGAAAGUCACAGGGAUCCCCAUGGUCCCUGAGUGAGAAAUGGGGUCCCCUUCCACCUCAGUGGCAUCUCUUCCCCACUGUCUCAAUUGCUAGCCUCUUCCCGGAUGGUAGACAGAGUCUCAGAUUAUAGUUUGGGGAAGGCAUGUCCUCCAGGAAGGCCUCGGGGAGGGGAGGAGGUUGAGAGGAAGCUGUUGGGCAAGGAUCUAGGGUAUUUAGGAGAUUUGAGGCAUUGGGGAAGUCUGGCAGAAUUCUCUUGGCCUAGGGUAGCAGGAUGGGGGGGAUAUGGAUCAUACUUCCAUUCCAGUCUGGUAGGGGGAGAGUUGGAGACAGUAGCAGUCAGCUCCCUAAUUCCUCUUCCUACCUUUCUUGUCCUUCCCACCCAGUGUCUUCCCAGGGAAGGAGCCAGGCAAAGGCCCCGUUUGUGUUAAAUCUCCAAAGUCUUUCUCACUGUAUAGUUGCUUUGAGGGUGGCACCUCCAGGUCCACUUUCUCCCUGGGCGGGCAGCCAAUCUCUGCCACCUCAGCCCCUCUAUCCCCAGGGGCAUCUCUGUACUUUCCAUCAUUCCUGGCCCAAUGCAGGAGUUACCCUUCCCUCUUACCAGCAUUUUCUGGGCCAUCGGGAGUGGUGAUGGGAGUGUGCUUAGAUGGCAUUUCUCUCGUGGAGGCCCCCAGUUUGGGAGGUGCCCUACCUAAGAAGGGAACAGAACCUGACCUUGGUAGGAGGCACCUUAUCGGAGAAGGGGAAUAGAGGCAGGCCUUUGUAGUGUGGGGCCUAAAGCCUCGGUCAUUUCCUCUUCGGUGGUCAAUGUAUACACCAAGAUUUGUAAGAGAGCUUUGUGGGUUAGUCAGGCGUGGCAGAGGUCACGCCCUUCCAGGGGACAGUGUCAGGGUAGGUGUCUUUGAUUACAAACUGCCAUAGCUUAGUGACUCUUGCUUCCUGGGAUUUUGAGAUUUUUCCCUCCCAAAGACUGAUUCCCUCUCUUCCUCCUUCCAGCUUACUGAUGAUGACCAGGGUCAUAGGAUCAUUGUUCUAGAGCUGUUAGGGACCUCAGAGACAUUGAAUCCAAUGUUCUCAUUUACAAAUUAAGUAACUGAGCCACCUUCUGAACCAGCAGUUAAGGGAGGGUCAGCCUGGAUGCAAAGCUUGGGGCAGAAUCGGGGAAGGUUGCAGGUAGCACAACAGGGCUGUAUAUAAAUUUCUGUAGGCUAUGGGGGAAUGAUGAGGAUGAGGUAAGGGUCUGUGUGUGCAUAAGCAAUGAAGGUAUAUACUGCCCAAGUCCUGAACUGACUGGACCCGCAUUCAUUUCUGUCACACAUGACCCUCCUUUUCCUACUCUGACUUGCCCCAUGGGUACAUGGAGAUGGAGAAGAGGUAGGACCCUUAGAAGCCAAGCCCCCUUUCAUCUUACAUCUAUGGAAACUGAGGCCAGGAGAGGGGAAGUGGUUCACAGUUAGACAGACUUGGGAUUAGAAUACACUCCAUUGCAGCUGUCCACUGCUCAGCUGCUCCUUCCUUCAUGCUUCCUGCCCAUGGCCUCUUCCUGUUUUACUCAUAGGACAUUUCCUCCCCUCCUUCUCCCAUCUCCCUUUCCACCAUCAAGUGAGGGCUGGCUAGAGAUCAGCCUUGCAGGACUGGCUCUGGGCAUGACAGAAGAGGGUCAAUGUCUUGUCUUUGCCUUCUUCCUAACUCUUCCCAGCCUCCUUCCCUUCCUGGCCAUGAAUUAAGCACUUCCUAAGUGCCAAGCACCGUGUAAAGAGCUGGGGAUAUAAGUGUAAACAACUAGACAAUUUCUGCCCUCAUGAAGCUUACAUUCUAAUAGGGGGAGACUACAGACAGAGGGGAGGGGUGGCCAGAGAGAAGUGCUUUGGGCAGGGUUUAAUCAGAGGGGAUGGGGAAAAUGAUUGGGAUAGAGCAUUCCAGACAAAAAUAUGCUGAAGGAAUGAAGAAGGAACUGGGCUAUCUUUUUCCCAGGGGUCCAAAGAAGAGUCGGGGUAAGAAGGGUAUUUCAGACAUUGUGACCCGGAUAGGGAGAUAUUGUGUUCAAUGAGAACACUUCUUUUCCUCCUAUUGUACCACUAAGGCAGGCACCGGCUAGCAACGCUGACUGAUCAUCUUAGCUUGGGGCUGAAGAAUUAAUCCUGAACCCAGGUGACCUGGAAAGAGUAGGAGGGAAGGGGAAAAUGAUAUCUGCAAUGAAAAACAUCUCUUGUAGGCCUGGGAUUGUCAGUCCUUGGCUCUAACAACCAGCAAAACUGAAGGAGAGCGUUUACUUGGUGCAGCAAUGUGGGGUGGGCUGAAACUGCAGCAGGCAGAUUGAGGGGAGAGGCCAGGAAGGACUUCCCCAUGGUGAAAACAGUGGAGGCCAGAGAAAGGACAGCCCAGGGAUGGAUGUGGCAUGCAUCUUCAGGAUUAGCCCGAAACCAAGGAUGACUUCCCAAGGGUAUAGGAGAGAAUCAGACAAUAACAAACGUGUUGGCACUGCAGAGGGUACUGGGGAAAGAACCAGGGUGUGUGUGUGUGUGUGUGUGUGUGUGUGUGUGUGUGUGUGUGUGUAGCACUGAAUGCACUGGGAGAAAGGGCUGUGUUCAUCUGUUCUUUGGUUCAUGACAGACAAAGGUAGUAAACUGUCUCUGGAGUCAAAGAAUUUGGGUUCAAACCCAAUUUUUGUUAUUACCUGUGUGACCUUCCUGGGCCUUAGUUUCCUCAUCAGAAAAAUGAGGUUGGACUUGAUGGUCACUUGGGGUCCCUUCCAGCUCUGGAUUUAUUAUCUUUCUGGGCACAAAAGCAAAACCUUAGCUUCUCUACCCCAGUAUGAGUGGGGUGUGUGUGUGUGUGUGUGUGUUAUCCCUGUGGAAAUGACUAUCUCAGAGGGGUUCGGGGUACAGGAAUUGUGUUGGAAUCAGGGAGCUGAGCUCCAGGAAUGGAAAAUCCAGAAGAGACAGAAGAAUGCUGCUUCCUUUCCCCUGGAGUGGUGCAAGAGGCUUAAGGAGGGGAGGGAUAUGUGAGUGUUUUCUAAUUCAAUUCAACAAGCAUUUAUUAAACAGCUACAGUGUGCCGGGUGCUGGUGAUGCCAAGACAAAAGUGAUCUCUCUAGUCCGUGCCCUCAAGGAGCUUCCAUUCUACUGGGGAGAUACAAUAAACACACAGAAAAGUAUAUACAAAGGAAUUGGGGGAGGGACGCAGUUCACUUCGGGUAUAUGGGUAAAUUUUCAGAGGAGGAAAGUGUCUUAUGACAAUAAUAAGUGAUGACACCUCAAGGUUUCUGAAGCACAUUACAUCUAUUAUUUGAUCAAGGGGAGGUUUUGUGUAAAGGCAGGGUCCGUGAUGGGAUGACACCUUUAAUGCACUGGAGACAAGAGGGAGAGAGCCUGUCGGUAGGAGGGUCCUAGUUCCUAGACUGGAAGACCUGCCCUCAGGGCUAGGCCUAGGGAGUGAGAUGGGGCUGGUACACUGUGGUGUGGUAGAAACGUUGCUGGGGAGUCAGAACCCUCGGCUUCGUAUGCUAGCUCUGCUGCUAAUUUGCUGUUUGACCUUGGGCAUGUCACUUCACAUCUCGAUUUCUGUGUCCUCUGUAUAGUGGUGGGUGGACUAAAUGGUUUCCAAGGUCCCUUCCAGCUCUAACAGUCUUUUAUUGUCCAAGGCUUUACAUUGUCAGGCAAUUGGGGCCAGGCUAGAGUUUAGGUUAGAGUGGGGUGUUUGGGUCAGACCUUGAAUAGGUUUUGACUGGGGCUAGGGUAAGGAGCAGACCUUCUCCCUGGCGGUGCCAGCACUUCCUCAGGACUCCAUGCUCUGUGUUCCUCUCCUGGGUGUAUGUACCAUUUCAACCACCUGUUGUGUGUUGGGCAUAGACCCUUCCCUUGUCUGGGAGCAGCUUUUCAGUCUCAAGCUGCUCAUUCUAGUUAAUGUCGAAGAUGUGUGAAUUUGGACUGUUGUUCUACCACAUACAGGAUUCUCUCAUAUUUCAAUUUCUGAAAUCAAUACCUUUAAAAUUCCAGAUCCAUUAAAUUUCCUUCUUGUUGCUCAGGUA